GGCAGGGAGGAAAAGGCCACAGGGCGAAAGGGGCAGCAGAACCAGCCUCCACCCCACAUCCUUGCCCAGCUGACCCCACACAGAGAGAGAGCACCUCUGUCCACCUGGGCCCCAUGGCAGAGCCACCUGGAGAACAGCCAGCACCUGAGAGUGAGGAAAAGCCAGAGCAGGCCAGCCAGGGCCCCCCAGGGCAAAGUAGCCAGGGGGUGUUAAGGCAGCCCAGUAGUCAGGAUCAAGAAGCAGCAGCGCCUCCAUCCAUAGGGCACGAUGAACCCGAGGGAGGCCUGGCAUCGGAGCAGCCACCCAGGGGCAGCAUCUACCAGCCAGACCAACCCAGGCUGAGCAUCUACGAGCAACAAGAAGGAAGAGGUGCUUUGUAUCAGCCUCAGCAAGCCAGGGGCCCUAUUUUUCAACCCCGAACCGGCGCCCAAGACAGCUUUACUUGGCAACAGCACCCAGGGAGGGGGAGCCUUCCUCAAGACCCCACAGGUGGCCUGUACCAGCCAGCGGAGCAUUUGCCACCUUCGGGGUCAAAGGGCAGCUUCCACCUUCCGGCAGCAAAAGCGAGUCAGGUCUUGCAAUCAGACACAGGAGGACAUGGCCCGUAUCAAACCCAUGAACCUGGAUAUGGCCUGUAUCAGAUGGGAGUCAACUUGUACGAAGACCAGAUCCCAGAUCCGGGGCCCAGGGCACUGGCAAUAAAGAAUGCAAAAGCCUACCUUUUGAAAACAAGUGUCAAAACGGGUGUGAGCUUGUAUGACCAUCUGGCUGAAAUGUUGGCCAAGAUUCUUGAUGAGAGGCCUGAAAACCCAGCUGAUAUAAUUGAAAACAUCAGUAAGGAUGUGAAAUGUGCUCGGUUCCAGAAGAAACUGGACACUCUGCGAGAUGAAUAUGAGAAACAUCCAACUUUUGAGCUGGCUGAAAUGUAUAAGACAUUGUUCCAGAAGGGUGGUGGAGAUGGAACGGAGCAAGAAUUAGAAGAAGAAAUUACAGAAACUCCUCUACCCAACGUGAUGGAGACAGCUUUUUAUUUUGAACAGAUUGGAAUUGGUUUGAGUAUAGAAGAAUAUUACCACAUAUUCCUUGCCCUCAAACAGCUGGUCACCACACAUCCAAUCCAGACCUGUCGCUUCUGGGGGAAAAUCCUAGGUAUUGAAGCAAACUAUAUUGUUGCUGAAGUUGAGUUCCGUGAGGGAGAAGAGGAAGAGGAAGCAGAGGAAGAAGAAAUAAUUGAGGAGGGACUAAAAGAGGGGAGUGAAAUUAGAGAAGAUGAAGAUGAAGAAGAUGAGGAGAAAGAUGAGCCACCAAAGCCCAAUUACAAGCCACCACCAGUAGUACCAAAAGAAGAGAAUCGGACAGGGGCCAAUAAAUUUACCUAUUUUGUUUGCAAUGAACCAAGCAAACCUUGGACGAGGUUGCCCCAAGUGACCCCUGCACAGAUAGUGAAUGCUAGGAAGAUCAAGAAGUUUUUCACUGGAAAGCUAGAUGCUCCUGUUGUGAGCUACCCACCUUUCCCAGGCACUGAAGCCAACUACCUAAGGGCACAGAUUGCCCGCAUCUCAGCAGCAACUCAGAUCAGCCCACUGGGAUUUUAUCAGUUUGGAGAAGAAGAGGGAGAUGAAGAGGAGGAGGGAGGAGCUGGAAGAGACACAUAUGAAGAAAAUCCUGACUUUGAGCCCGUUUCAGUGUUAGAGAUGGUGGAGUCUCUUGCCAACUGGGUACACCAUAUACAAAAUAUUCUAAUGCAGGGACGAUGUACUUGGGUUAAUCCCUAUCAAAAAUCAGAGGAAGAGGAAGAAGAAGAUGAGGAAGAGGAGAAACCAGAGGAACAAGAGGAGUCUCAAGAAGUAGGACCCCCACUCCUCACACCAUUGUCUGAAGAUGCAGACAUUCAGAACAUCCCUCCGUGGUCAGCUGAGACAUCAACAAAUUUAAUUCCUCAAUACGCCCUCGCAGUUCUUCAAGCUAAUUUAUGGCCUGGGGCAUAUUCCUUUGCUAUAGGAAAGAGAUUUGAUAAUAUCUACAUUGGCUGGGGUCACAAAUACAGUCCAGAUAACUACAGCCCUCCAUUGCCACCCAUUGUGCAGUCAGAAUACCUCAGUGGACCAGAAAUUGCAGAAACGAGUGAUCCGACUGUAGAAGAAGAACUUGCACUCAAGGCUGCACAAGAGGAGGCACUUGCAGCUGAAGAAAUGGAAGAGGAGGAAGAGGAUGAAGAUGAGGAUGAGGAUGAUUAGAUUCCAAACAGCUAGAUUUGGAGUUGUUUCUUUUUCUUAGAAUUUAUAACCUUCUCUAAAAAUGUGUUAGAGUAAGCAGAUAGUACUAUGCUUAUUCCAACAACAUUUUCUGAUAUGUAUUUUUGUGAUGUUUUUGUUUUGAAGUAAUGCAUUGAAUGUAUACAUAUUUCUUUGUUAUGAAAUGUAAUACACUUUAUUAAUUUUCAGUCUGAACAAAUACAGUGCCAGUUAAUGAACACUGGACUGGAAGGACUACAUCUAAAGAGGUCUUGAGAGAGCUGUCUUUAGUCCUUUUCAUGACAGCAUAGUUUUUGCUGUAGAAUACUGGAGACUGUAAGGGGGCUGAAAUAUUUUUAAAUGUUUUAACAUUUUAA